AUGGGUCAGAUGACCUAUUCUGAGAGUGACCCUGGUGAGAACCAGACCAUCUCUGGUACGCUCAUCCUGCUGGGGUUUUCCUACCUUGGUGAGCUGCAAAUCCUUCUGUUUCUGCUGCUGCUGGUCACCUACCUCCUCACCCUGAUGGGGAACCUGCUUGUUAUCAUUCUAGUAAAGCUGAACCCCUCCCUCCACAGCCCCAUGUAUUUCUUCCUGGUCAACCUGUCCUUCCUGGAAAUCUGCUUCACCUCCAGUGUUAUCCCUCAGCUGCUGGUUCAUCUUCUGGUGGAGGAAAAGUCCAUCUCUCUUGUCGGCUGUGCAGCCCAGAUGUACGUGUUCAGCAUCAUGGGCCUCACGGAAUGCUGCCUCCUCGCAGCCAUGGCCUACGACCGCUACGUAUGCCACCCCUUGCACUACACAACCAUCAUGAGCAGCCGGGUAUGUGCCCAGCUCGCGGGGGCUUCAUGGUUCAUUGGGAUCUCAGUAGAAGUUGCUCAGAUCUCGUGGGUCUUUAGCCUGCCCUUGUGUGGCUCCCACCACAUCCACCACUUCUUUUGCGACAUCCUACCCGUGGUUAAGAUGGCCUGCGCCGACACAUCAAAGAAUCAUAUUCUAGGAUUCUUUAUUAUUGCGCUUUUUAUCACGAGCCCUUUCUUCAUGAUAAUCCUGUCCUACGUCUACAUUAUCUCCACCAUCCUCAAGCUGCCAUCCGUGGAGGGCAGGCGUAAAGCCUUCUCCACCUGUUCCUCCCACCUCAUGGUGGUGAGUUUGUUCUAUGGAACGGCCCUUUUCACCUACCUGUGGCGGAAUUUUAGCUCCACUCUGGAGAAUGACCAUAUAGUUUUUCUCAUGAACAUAAUUAUAGCACCGGUGUUGAACCCCAUAAUAUACACACUGAGGAACAAAGAGAUGACCUAUUCUGAGAGUGACCUUGGUGAGAACCAGACCGUCUCCGGUGGGUUCAUCCUGGUGGGGUUUUCCUACCUUGGUGAACAUCGAUGA